CUAGCUAUAUAGCCAGAAAUAGACACAGAGAAGAGAACCAUGAAGCCUACAAUAUUACUCAGCCUUUGUUUCUUCCUUUUUGCCUUGACCCCUUACCUCUUUCCUUUGGCCUUCUCACAAGAUCCUGAACAGGUGAAGGACGCUUAUGGAAACCCCUUAGUCCCCGGUCGCAGAUACUCCAUCGUGCCAGCCCUUCGUGGCUCACGUAGUGGUGGAGUAAGUCCUGAUAAAACAGGGAACCAAACAUGCCCACUUACUGUAGUACAAGAAUAUUUUGAGUGUAGGGAUGGCAAGCCAGUAAUAUUCAGCGUAUCAGGAAUAACUCCUGGAACUGGUACUAUCUUAACAGGCACCCAUCUUGAUAUUGCAUUUGUGGAGAAGCCAGAGUGUGCCGACACAUCCAAGUGGGUAGUGGUAGGUAAUUUGACUGAUUACCCCGGAGCACCGGUGAGUAUUGGUGGUGUUGAAGACCAUCCAGGACAACAUAUUCUAGAUGGCACCUUCAACAUUCAGAAACUAGAUUGUGGUGGGUACAAGCUUGUGUUCUGUUCCAUCGAAAAUCGUUGUGUUCAUAUUCGAACGUAUAGUAAAAGGAGUCAAAUGUGUCUCAUAGCUUCACAAAGUGGUACUCCUUUUCAAGUUGUGUUCAUUGCGGCUGGAGGGGGCAAUGGAGUUAGGUCCACAGUUUAAUUUUAAUACUCAUUUUCAACUUAAAAAUGUUGGUUGUGUUUUAAACAGCAGUCAUGCCCCCCUUAUAGUGACCAAUGGUAAGAUGCUAUGGUGCCAUGUCAUCUAUUUGACUAGUAAAUUUUUAUGUUCUAAA